AUGAUAUUCAAUGUUGAAUAUCUAUUACGAAAACCUUGCAUAGUGCAAAGUCUUCUAAAAAGCUUUUCAAGAAAACAAUCCUUCAACUUAAAACCAAUGGCUGGAACUGCAAUUCCUAGCACACAAAUUGCAAUGCUAAAACCUUGCAUUUCUGCAGCACGUAGAACUCCCAGUUCAAGCAUUGCUGCAUGCUUUGGUAAUGAAGUCAAAGGCAUAACUUGUGCGGAGAUUCGAAGCUCGUCUUUCAUCUCAACGACAGAGUUAUUUUCCAAAAGCCUCAACUGCAACCUUUUAAAAUCUGGAAGGAAUCUUAUUAAAGCAGUGUCUGGAGCAAGUGAUAAACAGCCUUUGCCUGGAUUGCCUGUUGAUUUGAGAGGUAAGAGGGCAUUUAUCGCUGGUAUAGCUGAUGAUAAUGGAUAUGGAUGGGCAAUAGCAAAAUCUCUUGCAGCUGCCGGUGCUGAGAUUCUUGUUGGUACAUGGGUUCCUGCACUCAAUAUUUUUGAGACCAGUCUACGACGUGGAAAGUUUGAUGAAUCUCGAGUGUUGCCUGAUGGUUCUUUGAUGGAAAUCACAAAAGUCUACCCAUUGGAUGCAGUUUAUGACUGUCCAGAGGAUGUUCCUGAAGAUGUGAAAACAAAUAAACGCUAUGCAGGAUCUUCAAAUUGGACAGUCAAGGAAGUUGCUGAAUCAGUGAAACAGGAUUUUGGUACCAUUGAUAUCCUUGUGCAUUCACUUGCCAAUGGUCCAGAGGUUAGCAAGCCUCUUUUGGAGACGUCUAGAUACGGUUAUCUUGCAGCCAUCUCCGCAUCAAGUUACUCCUUUGUUUCUUUACUCAAACACUUCAUUCCCAUCAUGAAUCCAGGCGGUUCUACAAUUUCACUAACAUACAUUGCAUCUGAGAGGAUUAUACCAGGAUAUGGAGGCGGCAUGAGUUCGGCAAAGGCUGCUCUUGAGAGUGACACAAAGGUUCUGGCUUUUGAAGCUGGAAGAAAACACAACAUCAGAGUCAACACCAUAUCUGCAGGUCCAUUAAGAAGCCGUGCUGCGAAAGCUAUUGGUUUUAUUGACAUGAUGAUCAAUUAUUCAUUGGAGAAUGCUCCCUUGCAGAAGGAACUUACUGCUGAGGAGGUUGGGAAUGCUGCUGCUUUUCUGGCAUCUCCAUUGGCUUCUGCUAUCACUGGUGCUGUGGUUUAUGUUGACAAUGGCCUUAAUGCAAUGGGAGUGGGAGUUGAUAGCCCAGUAUUUCGAGAUCUUGACAUUCCAAAAGCCGACAAAAUUUAA